UCGGCAUAGCGGCCCGGACUCCCUGGACUCAGGCCGCGGUAGCGGCGGCGGCGGUUUCCGGCUAGUCUGGGAGGGUGGUGCCGCCGCCUUGAUCCCAGAGUGGAAGAUGUUCAACGUGGAGUCAUUGGAGCGGGUGGAGCUGUGCGAGAGCCUUCUCACUUGGAUCCAGACAUUUAAUGUGGAAGCACCAUGCCAGACUGUGGAAGAUUUAACGAAUGGGGUUGUGAUGGCCCAGGUGCUUCAAAAGAUAGAUCCUGUAUAUUUUGAUGAAAAUUGGCUAAAUAGAAUCAAAACUGAAGUGGGAGACAACUGGAGAUUAAAGAUAAGCAAUUUGAAGAAAAUUUUAAAAGGAAUUCUGGAUUACAACCAUGAGAUUUUAGGACAACAGAUUAAUGAUUUUACUCUUCCUGAUGUUAAUCUCAUUGGGGAACACUCGGAUGCUGCAGAGCUUGGAAGGAUGCUUCAACUCAUUUUGGGAUGUGCUGUGAACUGUGAACAGAAACAAGAGUACAUCCAGGCCAUUAUGGUGAUGGAAGAGUCUGUUCAGCAUGUUGUCAUGACGGCUAUUCAAGAGUUGAUGAGCAAGGAAUCUCCAGUUUCUCUUGGAAAUGAUGCCUAUGUUGAUCUGGACCGCCAGUGGAUCAAAGUGCCUUCAGAAAUCUCAAAUAAUAUGCUCAAACUAGAAGCAGCCAAAGAUGAUUAUCGAAUACGCUGUGAAGAAUUGGACAAAGAAAUCUCUGAACUCCGGCAACAAAAUGAAGAACUAACCACUUUGGCAGAUGAAGCUCAAUCUUUGAAAGAUGAAAUAGAUGUUCUUCGGCAUUCUUCUGAUAAAGUGGCUAAACUUGAAGGCCAAGUAGAAUCAUAUAAAAAGAAACUAGAAGAUCUUGGUGAUUUGAGGCGUCAGGUGAAACUCUUAGAGGAGAAGAACACAAUGUACAUGCAGAACACUGUAAGUCUAGAGGAGGAGUUAAGGAAAGCCAACGCAGCUCGCAGUCAGCUUGAAACAUAUAAGAGACAGGUAGUAGAACUACAAAAUAGAUUAUCUGAAGAAUCAAAGAAAGCAGAUAAAUUAGAUUUUGAAUAUAAACGACUGAAAGAAAAAGUGGACAGUCUUCAAAAAGAAAAGGACAGAUUAAGAACUGAACGGGAUUCUCUUAAAGAAACUAUUGAAGAACUUAGAUGUGUACAGGCUCAAGAAGGACAGCUCACUACACAAGGAUUAAUGCCUCUGGGAAGUCAAGAGUCUUCAGACAGUCUAGCAGCAGAGAUUGUUACACCCGAAAUAAAGGAGAAACUUAUUCGUCUUCAGCAUGAAAAUAAGAUGUUAAAACUUAAUCAAGAGGGUUCUGACAAUGAACGGAUUGCAUUACUGCAGAGUCUGCUUGAUGAUGCAAAUCUACGUAAGAAUGAACUAGAGACAGAAAACAGACUGGUGAAUCAAAGACUUCUAGAAGUACAGUCACAAGUUGAAGAAUUACAGAAAUCUUUACAGGAACAGGGUUCAAAAGCAGAAGAUUCAGUUCUUCUGAAAAAGAAGCUUGAAGAACAUUUAGAGAAGCUGCAUGAAGCUAAUAAUGAAUUACAGAAGAAACGAGCCAUUAUUGAAGACCUGGAACCAAGAUAUAAUAACAGCUCAAUAAAAAUUGAAGAAUUACAGGAAGCUUUGAGAAAGAAAGAAGAAGAAAUGAAGCAAAUGGAAGAACGAUAUAAGAAGUACUUGGAGAAGGCCAAAAGUGUUAUUCGUACUUUAGAUCCUAAGCAGAAUCAAGGAGCAGCUCCAGAAAUACAGGCUUUGAAAAACCAAUUACAAGAACGAGACCGGAUGUUCCAUUCAUUAGAGAAAGAAUAUGAGAAAACGAAGAGUCAAAGAGAGAUGGAAGAAAAAUUUAUUGUUAGUGCCUGGUACAAUAUGGGAAUGACACUUCAUAAAAAGGCAGCUGAAGACAGACUUGCUAGUACAGGUUCAGGACAGUCUUUUCUGGCCAGACAAAGGCAGGCAACAAGUGCAAGAAGAUCUUACCCUGGCCACGUCCAGCCAGCUACAGCAAGGUAGAGAAGCCUGGUCAUUAUGGCCAUUGGAAAAGUAACCGACCUCCCUUCAAAGCAGGCUUCUGUUGCACGUGACAACAUUUCAGGAAAUUCAGCCAGCUUCUUUUCUGUCUCUGUAUGAUGGUAAUAACUCAAUUAUUCUGCAUUUCAGGCAUUUUUUUCUAUAUCUGUAAUGAGUUUCUUCUGCUAUUUCUUUUGGAGUCUUUUUUUCUUCCUUUUAAUGUGCCAAAAUUUUUGAGAUAUCCAAUAAAGAGUGUUGUAUAACAUUCUCUUUAUUUGUAUAAAAAUGUCACCACUUGCCCAAUGAUAUAAGCUUUGUAAUUACACUAAAUUUCCUGUCAAUAAUUAAUGUGAAAUUGAUAUUUUUCAUCGUUCCUAUAUGUUAUCAUGCUUUAUAAGAAUGUCUUUGUUUAAAGGGAAAUAAUUUUUUUAAGAUAUAUUAAUCUGUUUUAAAUUGUUUUCUGAAAGCUCCUCAAAUAAUAAGUAUACUUUACUUCAUAAAAUGAUUAAGAAAUGUACUUUUUUUGCAAAGACUUGACUAUAUAAGCAGAGGUGCUAAAAAUUCAAAUCUUAUCUGAAGCACCUGAUUGAACUUUCUUCAAAGAAAAUGAAUUUUUCCUUUGAUUUGCAGAAUUUCUUGUUCUCUUACAUGAAGCAUUGAUUGAAAAACAAAAUAACUUUGGCAACUAGCCAGAUUUUUUUUUUUAUUUUUAACACUUUCAUUUAUUUCCUAGUAUAUUGUUUAUUGGCAGAAGUGAAUAUUUUAUUAGAAGCAAAAUGAAGAAAUAUGUUUUUUUGUGGUUAUUGCAUCAUGAGUUUAAAUGAAGGCUUUUAUUUAACUCUUAAUUGUAGAUUAUUGCAGUAACAGAUUCAAGCUCUAUUUGGCUGUUGUUAAUGUUGAUGGUUUCACCUAUCCUCACCAACUAAAAGAUUCUUUUAAUAUAUUUACAAAUAGUCUUCUUUCUAAGCAUUUUCAUUGUUGACUUUUCCCCACAUUUGUUUGACUGUUUUCCUGAUCAUUUAUUUCUUAAUCUCUUAUUUAGUACCUUAAGAUAGAUGACUGGCUUCCAGUGUUUAUAUUCCACUUUGGUUUCAUCUUUGUAAAGUCUUGUAUAAUUUGUGCAUAUAUAUAAUUUUUUGCAGGCUAAGAAUUUUUCUUAAUACCAUCUAAGUCUACUAGUCUGGGGGUUUGUUACAGAAUAUCCUUUUUUGGCUUGCCUCAAAGUGCUUACAUUUAUGACAAACAGAUUGUAAGUCAUAAUUACCUGUAUAAGGAAUGAUUGUAAAAUAAGUGUUGAUUGGAAAGCACUUGGAAUAAGUGUAUGAGGUGCUAUAUAAAUGCUAAAUGUCAUUCAUUUAGAAAUUGUAUGCUUUCGGUCUGUUGAAUUUAAGUUCCGUAAUUUAAUUGUAUAAUUUCCUUAUCGUCCCUGUUGUGGUUUUUUUUUUCUUAUAGGGUGGCCCACUUUAAAAGAGCACAAUGUAUGUAAAAUUGGGGGUAAUUUUUUUAAUGAGUGUCCUUAUAAUAACUUCUUUUUGAAAGAAGCUGUUCAUUACUCAUGAAUUGAUCAUAUUUGUUGCCUGGGUUUGGUUAUGUUGAGUACCUCUGUGCCCAGGUAACAUAGAGAUAGAAACAUUAUUUCAGUAAACAUUUAUUAAGUAGUUAUAUGCAACAAUUUAUGCUUAGUUUGAGUUUGAAUUUAACAUUAAACACUACAUUUGAGCUUCUAAACACAACUCCAUACAUGAACUAAUAAAGUUUGAAAAAUUAUUUUAUAAUUUUAUUAUCAAGAUUGAAGUUUAGUUCAGACUUUCAAAAACUAUAUAUUUAAAAUUUUUAUUUCAGUAAUUUACUCUUUGAUAUAUAGCACCCAUGCAAAUAUUUAAACAGUAGUAAAAAAAAAAAAAAUCUUUUUAAACUCCCAAGGAAAGAAUAAUCUAUUAGAAUGUAUUUUUAAAUGAUUCAAAAGAAGCCCUAAUUUUGUUAUUUGUAUUGUAAUAUUUGCCUUGCAAGUUUAAAAGCAAAGAAAGUUGCAUUCGAUAGUAUGCAAAUUGUUGACAUUAUAACACCUUUUCUGUCAACUGUCAGCUGAGAAUCUAUAUUUUCGGUUAGAUCAUACAUCAGCAAGAAAACAGAGGUGAUGAGAGGAGAGGAGAUAUGCACAGAGGAAUUCUUGGAGAUCCAUAGAUUCAGGCUACUAAAAUUGUAAAAUGCAUAAUAUUUUAAUGGGAAUAGAGUUUAACAGGGUUUUUUUGGUUUUUACUUUUGUUUUGUUUGUUGCAACUUACUCUUGUAUCUUAACACAGAAUUGGAAACUGAAACUACUUUUAAAGGUAGGCCUUGGCAAGUCUAGUUAAGAUAAGUGAAAGUGAAGGAGGAUCUUGUGAGUUAGUUAACAAAAUAAGGUUAGAUUUUAACUGUAGUUUGCUAUUAUCUUUCUGUAACCCCUGUCAGUCCUAGGGACAGAUUUUUAACUUGGCUUGGGAAGAUGUCAAACUUAAAGCAGGAAGAUUUAUUUCUGGUGUUUCUUUGGCAUCUUUUUGCAUGCUAUUAUCUUUGUGUUUAUAUUUGUAAUGCUGGCCUUCUUCUUGUUUCCAUUUAGUAUAUAGUGUCUUGAUACAUAAAAGGAAUUGUAAAAAUUCUAUUUUUUCAUAAUGUUUUUAAGAACUAGGAUCUAAAUAUGCUAAGUAUGUGAUUGAGGGCCAAGAGUAACAUUUUUGACUUUUCGUUCUCUCAGCUUUCUUGCUCCUAAUCACAAGGCUGUUGAGAGUCUUAUCUCCUCUUCUAUAAAAUAAUGGCUCAGGAUCAUGAGGUUAGAAGUUAGUAACUUUACAUUUAUAAAUGCUAUUACAUGUGACUUUUUUCCUUCUUUCAUAAAUUUCUUAUGGGUAUUGUCUACUUGCGUUUAUAAUCUAUUUCUGUGAAACUAAUUAUGGUAUGAAUAAAAAUACAGUAUUAUUCUAUUUAGUUGGGGUGAGCUAUUAGUAUAAGCAAGUGGAAUUUAUAAGCACAGGUGUCCAUUUUUACACAAAGGAUUAUUUUUCUGAGCAGAGGAAUAAGAUGAAAAUAACAAAAGGUGAGAGUAGAAUUUGAAUGGCAUUGAAGUAUCACUAUGUAAACUAUCCUCUAGAGAAUUUUAUCGUGGCAAUCCAGUUAUCCAAGGUUCCAGAUUGUUUAAAAAACUACUAACAUCUGGAACUCAGUACCAUUUGCUCACAUUCUCCACUUCAGAAAUAGAUUAUUUCUUAUCUCCCAAGCGCCUAGGAUAUUAAUUGAUAUCCUUUUUAAAUUAAUUUUGCUUUCAUUUGAGGGUAGAACAUGUUCUUUUGAUGAAUUACUUCAUUGAUUUUUUUUAAGUACCUUUUUGGCUAAAUCCCAGUAAUUGUUAAAAUUAGAUGUCAUUUUGAAAAUCUAUUGAAUGUAUAGAAAGUAUUUAUACAUUUAACCCUUCUAAGAUAACAGUUCAUUAAUCAGAGGAAAGAACAAUUGAAUCUGAAGUCAGGAGUCCUGGAUUCAGAUCCUCCCUCUGUAAUUGUGUACUCUUGGAUCUAUGUAAUCCAUACUUGUCUUUCCAUAACAUCCUGGAUCUUAGUUUUUUCAUCCAUUUCUAAGGUCUUCCAAUUCUAAAUCUGUAAUCCUCUUGUUUAGAUAAGUGCCAUUCUUAUCUAUUAAUCUUGAGAAUGUGAAACCUACUUUGUAACAGAAAUCUUAAUUUUACAAAUAUAUAAAUCCUAGGCCUCAGAAACAGAAAAGGUCUUUUCCUCUCUCACAUAUUCAAUUGCUAUGUUUGAAACUUAUCUGAAACCGUUCAAACCGAGUCAAAAAAGAAAUGAACAAACUAGUUUUACAGCUAUAUAGAGACAUAUUUGUUAUAAAACUGUGUGGAAAAAGUACCAAAUUUUCCAGGCUUUGAAAUAUUCCUGCAUUAUAAGGUUAUGUUUGCUUAGAGCAAGUAUGCUUGUUAAAAAUUAAAACAGCUUCACAUAAAUUUAAGAGAGACUUUUAAACUAAAGGGAAAAUAAGAAAGCAAAACUCUUAGCAUACUUUUUCGGUGUUCUUUCUGUGUUUUUCUUCAUGAAAACAUUAGCAAGCUAACUUAAAAUUGAGAAAAGAAAUAGAAUUUACCUUAAGAGAGUACAGAGUUUCUGGACUAUCAUUAAAUCAAAAUAAUAUGAUUUCCUGCUGAGUCAUCAGCUUGCCAAAAUGGCAGCUUAUUUCAUGUUGGUUCUUCCUUUUAUUGUAUAAUAAAAUUGGGUUUUGUGUCAUUCUUUAUAUUUAUAUUUGACUAAACUCUUUUCCAUCAUAUAGUUUGGAAGGAAAAAUAUUCUAAAUAUGACUAAUUUUUUAUUUCUUUAAAGCAUCAUUCCUUUUGUUGGAAAUUUUCAUCUAAUUUCAAGGGUGAACUAUUCCAUUUAGGAGAAAAAAAUCCUUAGUCUUUACUGUUUAGUAAUAAAUUGUUCUUUGAACUCACCCACAGAAAAGAUAAAGUUAAAUGUGAAGAUUAGGCAAAAUAAAAGUGAUCUUUUUGAGGGUAAAUUGUAAUAUGGCACAAGUAAUAAUGGCUUCAUUUUUUUUUUUUUAAUGUCUACAUAUUCCCUGGGGAAUUAUGUAAUCACUAUUGAUAACCUUUUCCCACUCCUAAAAUUGUUUAUUCAUCAAGUGUUCAUGCACUGUUAUCUUUGUGGAUAUGAAUACUUAUUAAAAUGUUGCAUGACACUUUUAAAAUAGGGAACUACUUGGUUUUCUUGUGUUACAAGAAGAUAGAUCAAAAAUAUCAUUGAUUCACUUCUUUAGGAAGUGAAAGCCAAGCUGGCCUUGGCAAUUGUAUGAAUUUUGGAAAUGCUGAGAUCCAGAAAUUUUAUGUAACACCACUAGUCAGGUGUAAUUUGAGGCUACUUUUCUAUAACUAGGAGAAUGUGAUAUCGAGGACAAAAUGCAGGAGAAAGGAACUUAUUUGGAUAAGAAAUAGAUAAUGUCCAAUAACAGGGGAAAAUAAGGUUUAAUACAUUAUAUACUUAUAUACAUUCCCAAAGGUAAUAUUUCUGUAAAAAAAAGUUGUGCUUCUGUUGCAGAUGUGAAUUAGUUCUGUUAAUAUUUUCAUGCAUUGUUCCUUUCAUUUAUUACUUAGAGAAACAACCUUUUUUAAUAAAUCUUUGGACAGAAGCACUGUUUAUAAAAUUUUUAAUUGUUUACAUCUAUGUACAUUAAUCAUGUUUUUUGAUGAGCAAUUCAAAUGCUUUUCAAAAGUCAUUUCCAAGAUUCUCCUUAGUUUAUUACAGUCCAUGAUAUGGUGAGAAUGAUUUGAUGAUUGGAAAGCAUGGCCAAAUUGGUUCUCAGGUUUCCUUAAAGCAACUACCUUCUGUUCCUGCUACUUUCUUCUUCCAAUUUUCAAAAGGACUUCUUAAGAACUAUAGGUUUCCACAGAGUAACAACUUAAGAAGCACCUUAAAAAUCAAUGUGGUCAUUUAAUUUGUCUGUGCUGUCUUUUCCAGGCCCUACCCCAAGACUACACUAGACAUUAGAGUGUAGGUACUAGUUGUUAAAGAGUUCUGAGGAUUAAAAUGAAUGAAUUUAAUAUGGUUGGAAAAUCUCUAGCCUAUAUGCCUAUUUAGAAGAUUAAGAAUUGUUAAUAGUGCCAUCGUGAGAAGAAAGUUGUCUAUCACAGCAGGGAAAACAGGAAGAACUAGGCAAAAGGAUAGGCAAAGAUAUAUAUGUGUGUAAACAUAUAUCUAUUUCUAAAGAUGAGUAAUGGCCUUUCUGAGCUCUAAAAACUGGUGAUGAUGGUUGAUGUCUUAAGAUUAGGAAGAGGUGCUAAUAUAAAAAUAGAAAGGGGGCAUUGGGAGUAAUAUUCUUUAUAGUAUAUUUGUUACAUGCUGUGACACACUUUAUAUGUACUCUCAACCUAAGUUGUAUAGGCACUCAUAAUAAUACAAGUGAGUGAGUCUUUAAUGUUUUACCUAUUAAUCAUUUACAUAUUAUUUAUACUUCAACACUCAAUGCACUUUACAAAUACAUCAUUAAUUCUCCCUAUAUUUCUCCACAUAUAUUUCUGUCUUUUCCACAAGAAUAAUCUAGAGGGAUGGCCCAAAUAAAUGAACAUUUUAUGUCUUGCUAAAUGGAUGAAAUUCUAAGCCUAGAACUAAAAUAUCUUCCUUUUCAGCAAUUAAUUGACAUUUUAAUAGAGCAUAUCAAUUUAGCAGAAAGGAUUUUUAAACUAUAGGCCUGGUAGCCAUGUUUUUCUGAUGCUAUAAUUAUAUAAUACUUAUUUGCCAGCUUUGAAUUGUUAGAUUACCAAGCUUUGCAUUUGCAGAGCUACAUCAAGUCAACUUUAAAAGGAAUCCUUCCUGAAUCUUGCAGAAUAAAACCAAAUUAUUGAUCACACCUUAGAAUUAUCUUUUCUGCCCCCUGAAAUUUAAGCUAUACUCCUUUAAACUUCAACCUUUUCUUGCCACCUCCCAUCCCCAAAGAAGAAACUAAUUUGUAAGAGUCUCUUUUUUUCUAAAUUGUUAACAAGGAAAAGUACUUACCAAGCACCAAACUCACUCCCCAUUGAAUUGAUGAUUUUAGAACUUUCUUUGUAGACAUUUAACAUAGGGAAGUUUUUUAAACUUUUUUGUGUGUCUUCCUCACAAAAUUAAAGGUCUAUGAAGGGAAGCAAAAUUUAAGGAGCUAUGGUCUCCUUAAAGUGUUUUAAUGUAUUUGUUGGUAAACUUGGCCUACUAUGUUAAUGUUUUUCUUGCCAAAGUUUUCAACUCAGUCUAUUAUAGGAUUUUUGUGUCAACUGCCACCCUUACCCCUCUCUUCCAAGCACAUCUCCAAUUUUAUAUUAGAAAUCAAUGAGAAGGUAAAAGUCACAUUAUAAUCAAAUCACUGGAAUGUAUAUGCUCCAUAGAGCAUUGCUUUUUCUAGUAACUGCCAAAGAGUCAGUCAGUUAAUAAAAGAGUAAUAGACAGCAUUUUCUUGGGCUUAGUAUCUGUUCCACUGUUUGUCUGCAGUAUUGUUUCUUCUUCUGUGGUAAUUAAAUGAGUCUGAUCUGGUAGAAAAGAGGCAGAUAGUGGGGCAAAAGAUGUCUAUUUUCUUUCAACAGCAAUGCUAUUUUAUAACUAAAAUAGGAAAUCUGUUAUUUGAAAUCUGUUCAGAAAAGGAAUUCAAAUUGUUUUGGAAUCAGCAUCACUGAGCAUGAGUUUGUCUAGGAAUUGCUCAGAUAUUUAAGUGAAUGAACAGACACUUAAUAUAUUUUUUAAAAAAAUAACAAUUGGGGCCAAAUAGCAUUUUUGGUUCAAAUCCCUUCUCUGUGUAGCUUUUAAUGUAGCAUAUUGUUGAACUAGGUAGCAUGCAGUUGUACUCCAUUUUUGGUGUUCAGAGAACUACUAGAAAAAUGUCUUAUUCCAGAAGGAUUAGUUUAGGCCAUUUAGGGUAUUUUGUACCACAGAUUAAAAGAGCUGUUUUACCUAUUAUUCCUGAAAUUCAUACCUAGCCUUUUAAGUCACAAGAAGAAGCUCGCACCUUUUAAACUCAUUUUUAAUAUGGUUGGUUUUUUUAAAUUAUGUGGCCUGUACUGAAAGUUAAUGUUUUCUUAGCACUUUAUUUCUCAAUGAAGUAGAUCUUUAUCCAUUACAUAAAUAUUGUGAGCAGUUUUCAUUUUUAAUAGUGGUUAACCGUUAAUUGUAUUAUUAUUAUUUCUGGGAUAAUGGUUAUAUAACUAUAAUAUGAUUUAUUCACCAACAAUUGUUAAAUACAUAAUCUCUUUUCAAGUUUUCUUUACAACUUCACAAAAUAUUUUGUUUCUGUAGUACAUUACAGCAUAAUGAAAUUUGCCGCCUUUUAUUUUUCUUUUUCAACUGAUUUAGUGCUCUUUCAGUUGUCUUCAGUUUUCAAGUUGUCUAAUGCCUCUCACUCUUACUGAAGUAUAGUGAGAUUCAAGCAAACUCUUAAUGUUUUUAUUGGUAGUUUGUAUCUUUGUGGUCUAAUUUGAAUUAUUAUUAAGCAUAUCAUUUUUAUGUAUAAAGCAAAUAAUUCAGUUAUUGGGAUAAUACAUCUUUUAACAUUUUUGAAAUAGCAUAAAUCCUAUUACUGAAGCACUUGUAUAUUCAUAAAGAUCUAUGCUGAUCUGUUAAGGAUGUUUGGUGAAGUGAUAUAGAUUACUAAUGAUUUUUCCAUUAAUUUAGUUACUGUUACCUCAAGCCAUCCUAUUGUCUUUGUGUUUGUCUAUUCAUUUUUAAAGAAAACAAAUUAGAUAAACAACAAAUUUUCCAUGUAACUCAAAUUCAAAUAAAUCAAAUCAUGAAAGUCUUAGAAUUGAGCAUUGGUUAAUAGAGUACUUAGUUUAAUAUCAUGUUUUACUGAAAAACUUUUAUUUUUGGUUAAGGAAAUAUUUCAAUUUGCUUAAGAGAAAUAAAUCAGCAAAAAUUCCAAAAUUACUACAUAUGCAUUUUUUUUUUCCUUAACAAGUCUUGUUUAAUUUUAAAAUGCACUAAACUAUUCCAUUUUCUGUUAAGAUGUCACAUUUGCCAGUACAGAAGCACCACAGUUCUUUGUACUAUCAGGGGAGAUUCAUUUUCAAAACUGUCUUUUAUUAUUUUUAAUAUUUCAGCAUCUACCAGUUUACAUCACUUAAGAUUUUAAUUUUGGACAUGAAAUAGUAAAAUUCAAACGUGAACUAAUAAUUUGCCUUAAUCUACUUUUGCCUUUGGGUUGGGGGGAAGAAAAAUGAAUAGUUUAAAAAAAAAAAAACCUGAGUUUUUAAAAGGCCUUUUUUUUUUUCUUUUUUGGGGGGGCCAUUUAGUGCUAAAAGCUUUUCAGAUGAUCUGAAAAAUGACAGUACAUUAGAUUUGGAAUUGUAUUUUACUUACAGUUCCAAUUCUGGUAUAGCCUUAUUUUUGUCUUAAAUAUUGUAGAAUUUUCUGUGGAUUGUUGUUUAUUUGUAAUCUGACAGUUUAUAACCACCCUGAAUUUUGCCACUUUCUAAAUGAAAGUUGCUGAAUAUAGUGUUCUAAUUUCCUGCUGGAAAUCAAACAUGAUGCUAGAAUUUCAUUCAUGAUUGAAAGUGAUGGUUGUUAUGAUAUAGGGCUCUUCUUGAUGAUGGAGUUAUCUAUAUGUAAUUGAGUAUAAGCAUUUUUCCAACUUGCUGAUUUAUUAUGUGCUGAGUAUUGUUGAAUUUGCCACUUUUAUUUUCUGAGCAGGAAUUUGUUUGAAAGUCUUCAGUAAAACUUUGAUUAAUGUACCACCUCUCCCUUUCCCCCAAAACUAUCCAGAAAUCUAUCAGAAAAUGGAUUUGUAAUAUGUUGAAAUAUUGUAUUGCUUUUUGUCUUCAUUUUAGUCUUAAACUGCCAAAUUGUUACGGUAUUAUUAAGGAUAUUGUGUGUUUAUAUAUAUGCAUAUAAACUAUAUGUAUAUGAAAACUAAAACAAGAUUUGGUCAAACUAUAUUUUCCCAUUGAAUACAUUAAUGUUUUCAAGGCUGCAAAAAGUGUACAGUUGUGAAACAAGUUGUAAAUAAAGACUUGUAUAAAAAUUCA